AUGCGUCUACGAGCAGCGCUCAUCUCCCUCUCAAAGCAGGGGCAUGACUAUUCCCCUUGCGCAGACGCUCUAGAAGAAGCAGGGCUGAAGACGUCCGACGACCUCCUCUUCACUACUUCUACGUCAGAACAGUAUGCUCGGCUCCCAGGUGGAACACUCUCCUUUCCCGAGUUCGCAGCGCUCAAGGAAGACGUGUCCAAGUUCGUCGCUCCCCACCCUCUGACGGGGGAAGAAGCGUACUUGCUCGCUAUGGGAACUGAAGCUCAGAGGUAUGAAGGUCUUUGUGGAGUCCCGGAGUUGGACGCGCUGCUGGGCGGGUUUGGGCAGUACGGCGUGCUCGAGUUUUCCGGAGGACGAGAAUCGUGUAAGACCCUCUUGGCAUUCCAUAUCGUCCUCCGAUACCUGAGCAGCGAACGGAAAGGCAAAGCCCUGUGGAUCGACACGUCCAACUCGUUCAACGUCCAGCGCGCUCUGGCAGUAACGCGGCUCCUCCCCGGGCUGGGGGUUGGGGACGCGCUUGACAGGUUGGCGUACUCGACGUGCUUCGAUGUCGACCCUGCGCUUGGGGUGCUGGACGAUAUCCGCCAAUCGAUAGACCUAAGAGGGGAACGCGUCGACACCACAACACCGAGGUUCAUCGUCAUAGACGCUAUCACACCCUUGUUAUCCAAAGAGAUCUCCAGCGUCUCCUCCCAAGGUCCCCCACCCCGCCUCCCCGUGGAGUAA